UUUGUGACGUAAUAAUUCCGUGCCCGGUUCACCAUGUGAAUUAGUAGAUGUUUUUCAGCUCGUUAUUUGGUUUGGUAWAAAGGGUGAAAAGACCUAGUGUUCAUCUAGGCAUUAGCAAUUAAUUAAUUACGGAAGCUGAAAGUUAUUAAAUUGUUUUUAGAGACUCGUCUUGAAGUCGAAAUGUCUCUGUUUCUUGUGAACAGGUAUCUUGGGGAAGAGGAAGAAGGAAGCAUCUCACAAGAGUCACAGAGUCAGGUGUUGCUGGCCAAGCUGCAGCAAAAAGUGAAACAAAAGCAGAGACAGAGUGCGACAGAGCRGAAAGAACCUGUGCACGGAAAACAAACCAAGCAGCGUGACGUGCAGAAGAAAUCAGAAGCUGACAAGGACAGUGGUCAUGAUCAUCUACACAACAAAAAAAGGAAAUCAGAAGCGUUGUGUGAUUCAGACCCUGACAACCAUGAUGCAAAAGAGAAGAAAAAGAAGAAAAAGAGGCCUUCAGGCAAGUUAGCUGAAAGUGUUUCUCCAGUGAGCAGAAGAGAUGAGGUGGAGUGCAAAGAAGGACAAGAUAAGGCAGAAAACRUCUCAAAACAGAGCCAAGAGAAAACUUCUGUCCCAAAAGGAUUUACUGUUCUUGGAGGAUUUGAGAGCAAGGCUCCUCAGAAGGUCCACAGAGUCCUGCCUCAGUGGCUUGCUGAGCCUGACGUGAUUCACAGAGAUAUUAAAAGCAACCUAGUCCCCAUCUCUGACAUCCCUGGGAUUUGUUCUCUGCUCUUGAAAAAACUGGAAAGUAAUGGAAUUCAGCACUUCUUUCCAGUGCAAGCAGAAGUGAUUCCAGCCAUCUUAGAKGGUGCCCAGCAUGGGCUGCUAAUUGGUAGAGGAGGCUACAGACCCAAAGACAUCUGUGUGUCCGCACCGACAGGCAGCGGCAAGACUCUUUCGUUUGUCAUACCUGUCAUACAGGUGCUGAUGCAGCGGGUGGUGUGUGAAGUCCGAGCGUUGGCUGUGCUGCCAACCAAAGAGCUUGCCCAGCAGGUUUACAAAGUGUUUGCAUCAUAUUCUGAGGGAACUCAGCUGAAGGUGCUGAUGCUGGCUGGUCAGAAGUCGUUCGCUUCAGAACAGGCUUCCAUCUCUGAGCAAAGAAGGAGCGUGAGGCGCAGCGCAGCAGACAUAGUUGUGGCGACACCCGGUCGACUGGUCGAUCACAUCAACAAAAACUCAGGAUUAUGUCUCCAGCAGCUCAGGUUUCUUAUUAUUGAUGAGGCUGACAGGAUGAUUGACGGUAUGCACCAGUCGUGGCUCAGCCAGGUUGUGAAGGAGGUGUACAGCUCAGGAGCUGAACCAGAAGCCAUGAGCAUCUUCAGGAGGACAGAAACACCUCAUAUCACAGCAGCCAGUCUGUCUCCCCCUCAGAUGCCUCUGCAGAAGUUGCUGUUUUCAGCCACUCUCACUCAGAACCCGGAGAAGCUGCAGCAGCUGGGUCUCCAUCAGCCCCGGCUCUUCAGCUCCAAUCACAGCUCCUCCAACAAUGCAGCAGCCGACCCCUCCCAGAAACAAGACUGCUUCGCCUUCCCCCAGGGUCUCUCAGAGUAUUAUGUACCCUGUACGAUGGACAAGAAGCCCCUCCUCAUCCUUCACUUCAUCCUUUUUAUGAAGCUCUACCCCGUCCUCUGUUUCACCAACUCCAGAGAGAUGGCACACAGACUUUAUCUGUUAGUGAAGCUCUUCGGUGGAGUUGAAGCAGCCGAGUUCUCCUCCAGACUCUCGCCCGGUGAGAGGAAGAAGACGAUGAGGGAGUUUGAACAGGGAAAGAUUCAACUGUUGAUCAGCACUGAUGCAGCAGCCAGAGGCAUCGAUAUCAACGGGGUCAAAUGUGUUGUCAAUUACGACGCUCCGCAGUACAUCAGGACGUACAUUCACAGGGUCGGAAGGACAGCAAGAGCAGGAAGGACAGGACUGGCCUUCACUUUACUGCUCAAAAUACAGAAAAAUAAGUUCCUUCAAAUGGUGAAGGAAGCAGGGAGUCCUGGGAUCUACAAGCAGUUGGUCAAAGCAGAAACCCUAAAGGGUUUAGAAGCCCGGUAUGAACAAAUCCUGCAAGAGCUGCCUAGUGUUAUUAAGAAUGAGAAAGCCAGAUGAUGACGCAGCAACUAUCAAUCAUCACUUAUUUUUUAUGGCAAAAGUCACUUUUGUAUUCCUGUUGUUAAAUAAAAAACUUGAUGCAUAA